AUGGCCUUGGCGUUGUGUGGGUGGAGCCUCAACUCCAUGCCACCACCCGAGAAGCCAACGGAGGUUAUCGGAGAUGAGGAUCUACUACCGGCAUUCCCGAUUGACGAGCAUCUGCAUGUGCAGUCUCAUUUGAGCGAUGGAGGCGAGCCCCUUUUGCUGGAUGGAGGCGCAACAUGCCGACGAGCUCGCGUGGAUAGCGGGGACUGUGGGGUGCCCUCGUUGGAAACUCGACAGUCCUACUUCUCCAGCAGCAUGCCGACAAAGGCCGAGCCCCCUGCGCCCCCCAACCGGAUCUUGCACAACCGCCACAAAGAUCUUGUCGAGAAGAUGAUGAAGGACGUCUUACCCUUCCUCUACUGCAUUUCCUCUGGUAGCAAGUAG